AUGUUUUACCCGAUGAUCCAGACCAUCCUCGAGCAACUGCCAGGCGGUGUGAGCCUCCCCGCCGAAUACCCAGCCGGCGUUGCACAGAAUACAACAUCGGGCGAGAACUUCGUCAUCGACACCAUCAAUCAAGGGCUUCAGGAUUGCCCUGAAAAAAAGUACGGUCUCUUUGGGUACUCACAAGGCGCAACCCUGAUGCUCAGGGCCCUCGACCUAAUGAACGGCAAUGCCACCGGCGCUAUCAGUUCGGUCAUUCUCGUCGGAAAUCCAUAUCGCUUGCUGGGAAAGAUGUCCAAUGUGAAUGGCACUGGUCAGCCCGGUAACGACGAAGUUGCGGGAGCAUUCGUUAACUCUGCGACUGCGAGUAAUGAAACCAUCCCACAGCUUUCCGAUGUACUGGACAGGAGUGGCAAAGUACUCGAUGACUGUCUGGAGGGCGACGGAGUCUGCGCACCCAAUGCCGCCUGCUCAUGCCAACUCCCAGCCGGCCACCUUUCCUAUGGGUCGGUGGCCAUCGUCGGCGGAGGGACUGCCGGCCUUGCCAUCGCAGCUCGCCUAGCCCCUCAUUUCACCGUCGCCGUGGUCGAAGCGGGAGGAUCCUACCAGGCUGACACCGGCAACCAGAGCGUGGUGCCCUACUACGCGCUGAACAUGCCGGUCCUCUCGACAGAUCCCGCCACGUACCAGCGCGAGCCCCUGGUCGACUGGGACCUGAUCUCCGUCCCGCAACAGGGCGCCGCCGGGCGCAAGGUCCACUACGCCAGGGGCAAGACGCUGGGCGGCAGCUCGGCGCUCAACACGCUGGCGUACGUCCGCGCGUCGAGGGGCGCGCACGACCGGUGGGCUGAGGAGGUCGGCGACGAGAGUUACCGCUGGGAUAGUGUCUUGCCGUUCUUCAAGGCGGGCUGCCAGCUCACGCCUCCCGACUUGGAGAAGCGCAAUGCUGCCAAUGCGACGCCCAGCUGGGACGCGGAUGCGUUCUCUGGCGACAACGACACUGCCUCUGCGCAGAGGCCGCUGCGUGUGUCCUUUGGCAACUGGGUUGAUCCAACGACUUCUUGGCUUGCACUGGGGUUGCAGGCGAUUGGGAUGGCGCCUGCGCCCAAGGGCUUGAACAGCGGGUCGAUUAACGGUCUAGGAGGAUGGACCUCGUCCACGAUUGACCCUCGAGAUGCGACUCGGUCAUCAUCGCAGACGAGCUACCUGCAGCUGGCAGGACAAGAGACUGGCAUAACGGUGUACUCUCACACCCAGGCAACCAAGAUCCUGUUUGCGGCCGGGAAAGCCACGGGCGUGGCAGUUGAUACUCAGGGGUCAGGAUACAAGCUGAAUUCCAGGAAGGAGGUCAUCCUCUCAGGGGGCGUAUUCCAUUCUCCCCAGCUAUUGAUGGUCUCAGGUAUCGGGCCAAGCGCAAAGCUCCAGUCUCUCGGCAUUUCUGUGAUCAAAGACCUCCCCGGAGUGGGACAAAACCUGUGGGAGCAGCUAUCAUUCAACAUCCUCCAAGCGGUGAGCACUCCAACAGGAGGCACAUUCGUGGACUCUUCAGACCCAUCCGUCAAAGAGGCUACCUUGGAGCAGUACCAUGAUGAUCAGGCAGGACCGUGCAGCCAGGCAGGAGGGUAUUUCUCUUUCGAGAAGAUUCCCGAGAGCCUCCGCGCCAACUUCUCCCAGAAGACCAAGGAAAAGCUAGCAGCCUUCCCGGAAGACUGGCCCGAGAUACAGUACACACCUUUCGGGUUCUCCAUACCCUCAAGCUCGGGCGACGCCCAGACAGUAGGCACCAUGAGCGCCACUCUGACGGCACCCCUGUCACGUGGCAACGUAACCAUAACCUCCGCGAGCAUCAAGGACCCUCCGAUCUUCGACCUGGCCUGGCUCUCCGACCCGGCGGACGCAGAGCUAGCUGUGGCGGCUUUCAAAAGGUGCCGGGAGGCCCUGGCCAAUCCCUCGAUCGAUCCCGUGCGUGUGGGAACCGAAACCGCCCCUGGUGCGAACGUGACAACCGACGAGGACAUCCUAUUGUAUAUCCGGCAGACAGCCUCCACAGUGUGGCAUGCCAGCGGCACGUGCAAGAUGGGCAAGGGUGAAGACGUGGAUCCCAUGGCUGUGGUGGAUUCGCAGGCGAGGGUGUUCGGCGUGGAAGGGCUGCGCGUCGUGGAUGCGAGCGCGUUCCCGUUUGCUGUGCCGGCAAAUCCACAGGGGACUGUGUAUAUGCUUGCUGAGAAGAUCGCACACGAGAUACUUAAUGGGCGCUAA